AGGCAGGGGAGGGAGGGGUUUGGGGGUUGAAAGCACAGGUUGAUGAAUGAACUACUGAGUAAGACUAUAAAAGGCUGCGUCCACUGACCAAGAGAGAAGAAGAAGAAGAGGAACCAAACGUGGUUCACAACGACGAGAAGAACAGAAAACCUCAAGGGAAGCAGCAGCAGCAGCAGCAGCAGCAGGAGAUCCAAGCAGAUCUGUGCUCCUCUGACCCAGACCGGCUCCGCUCGUCUACUCACUUUCAGGAAAAAGUGCAAAAUGCUCUGGAGAUUGACUGUUGCCGUGGCCGUGGUGUGUGUCGUUGGCAUGUGCAGCUGUGGGAAGGCGCAUGUCAUGAGCAGGCUGAUCGUGCCGAGGGACUACGGCGUGAAACUGUGCGGGAGGGAGUUCAUCAGAGCCGUCAUUUUCACCUGCGGAGGCUCCCGCUGGAAACGAGCCACAGGGGGCGACUCAGAUUCUUUCCAGUGGAGUUCUCUCAGCGACAUCACAGUGGGUGACAGCCUGCACAGCUGGCAAAGUGACGCCGAGCUCCCAGAAAACCGCUCUCCUCCCCAGAUCGUCUCCUCUCAAUCCCUGGCAGACCUCCUGGCUCUGUACGCGGCCACAGGGGAGCGACGGCAGCAGCCGCUGGAGAGAUCUCUGCCAGCCACACUUUUAGGUGAGCAAGAUGGGAGUCCAGGGGAGGACGACUGGACCAUGGUGAGCAAGAAGAAGAGGAACUUUUCUCUGGGUGUGGCGGGGAUGUGCUGUAGCCAGGGCUGCACCAAGAAUGAUAUCGGACGAUUGUGCUGAGUCGGAGAAGAAGAAUGGAGGAGGGGGUGACAUGAAGGUUGUGUGAUGGACAGUGAUAGACAGAUGUGGAAAGAUGGAGGAGAGCAAGUGCACAUCUAUUUAUUCUCAGUCAUGUCUUAUUGCACAAAUCCCUGUGUUGUCAUAUUUUAUUUAUUCUCCAUAUUUUGUCCCGGAGAUCCAGUUGUGUGUGUACGUUCAGCAUCAUUUACAAUAAAAUUGAAAUACUGUGUAAAUAGGAAUAUUGUAUAUUGUCUGUGACCCUUGUUUUUAUGUGUUGAAUGGAUUUGGAGCCUCUGUCGUCUCUCCUGCAGUGUCUUUGCUAAAACAGGCAAAUAUCCCACUUUAAUGUCAUUUAAGCUGCUGUGAACGUAUCGUCGUCGUCUGCUCACAACGUUCCGCCGCCUGAUCAUUUUCUGUCAACAGCCUGAGGACACUGCUGAGUUUCUUAAACCAUUUCUGACUCAACAAAACCCUCUGAACAAAACCUACGAGAUCGUUUGUGGCCUAAAUGUAAAUAGAUGAAGUUUAAUGUGAGGAAAAAAAAGCCACAUUUAGAU